GCCAAUCGAUCAAGUUGAAAUGGAUUCCAUCUUGUCGUUGGGUGCUCCUCUCAAGCAAUUCACCAGCACAUGUAUUCCUGGAAAGAGCAGCUCCCCCAUAAAAGGGACCCAGGGCCGUAGAAGCAGCUUCACGCGCCGGAGGAGCAUCAGCAGACGAAGAAGUCUGCCCUGUGGAGGCCAGAAAGGCCCAGACUCACACUGGCUAAGAGUGUACCAGGCUGAAAUGAAGAGAGAGAGGAAACGACAGCAGGCCGUGCUGGCCAAGAAGAAUGCUGAGCGCUGUGUCAGGAAAACUCACUUCAGGAGCCAUCACUGCUUGCCAAGGGUGUGUUGGCAUUGUUCUUUUUAAGAUCAAUCCUUUAUUGCUAAUCAUUUUUCCUACAUGCAGAAAACAACCACAAGCAGAAAAGCAGCAUCAAAAAAGGAGGAGUCUCUCUUUGGAGCUUUCCAGGGCCUCAGUCUGGAUGGUGUGAUGGGUGGCGUGAAUGCGUCCGCUGCCGCCGCGACUAAUGCAGCAGGGGGAGACCAGUGCAGCGUCAUGUGAACCACCGACAAGCACUUUUAAUGACACCACCAGUCAAAGAAGAGGACGAAAGGUUCCACUUAUCUGGCUUACUGUCCUUUAUUUCAAGACAAAUGCCAAAAUAACUGCAACUAGAUGACAUUUAAUGCAGCGUCGGAAGUAGCUGCCGAAAUGGACAUAUACAGUUACAGAUGGGCAUAAAAGGGAACUUUUAUUUUCUGAAUAUA